GCGUCAUUUCCGUUGUCAGGUGGCGCUGUCGCUGUGGAAAGAUGCGAUCAGCGAAGAGCGGAGGCUUUUCCUUAAUUGCUCAUUUCGGUAAUAGAGGCUAAAAAAGCCGAAAGCAAACCUCUGUGGUGUCUGCUGUGUAAAACGAGAAGCGCCUCACAUCUACCGCAGCGUUCACCGAAGAAAUGUCCAUGUUUUAAGGAGGCGACACAGAUUUAACCCGGCGGUUUAGGCUCGAGUGUAAGAUGCUUUCUUACUACUGGCAGCAUGACUUGGUGUCACUCUGGCUUGUGCCAUAAAUGCAGUCAGAAAACCUCAGCUCAUCAGACUCAGUGGGUGAUGACUAGUGGAGAUGGAGACAGAUGGGCGAGAGACAUGAUGAUGACACUGUCUGCUGUCUGGGAUCACAAAAAGCCUCAUGGAAAGCUCCAGUAUGUCUAAGCGGCGCUCGUCGGAGAGGGGGGCUGGUGAGACAUCAGGCAGAGCCAGCAAGCUGCAGAGUCCCGGGAUAUCCGGUAGUAAUGCCAAGAGAGCUGGGCCCUUUAUUCUUGGGCCUCGCCUGGGCAACUCACCAGUGCCGAGCAUAGUGCAGUGUCUGGCCAGAAAAGACGGCACAGAUGACUUCUAUCAACUCAAAAUUUUGACGCUGGAGGAACGAGUAGACUCUGCCAAGGAGACACAAGAGGAGAGGCAGGGGAAGAUGCUGCUGCACACAGAAUACUCACUUCUUUCUCUGCUGCACAACCAAGAUGGUGUGGUCCACCACCAUGGCCUCUUUCAGGAUCGAGCCUAUGAGAUUGUGGAGGACACGGAUGCUAACAAAAUGCGCAAGAUGAAAAAGCGUCUCUGCCUCGUGCUGGACUGCUUGUGUGCACAUGACUUUAGUGACAAGACGGCAGAUCUAAUAAAUCUCCAGCAUUAUGUCAUAAAGGAGAAGCGCUUGAGUGAGCGGGAAGCCAUUGUCAUCUUCUAUGAUGUGGUGCGUGUGGUGGAGGCUCUUCACAAGAAAAACAUUGUUCACAGAGACCUCAAGCUGGGAAAUAUGGUGCUGAACAAGCGGACUCAUCGAAUCACCAUCACAAACUUCUGCCUGGGAAAGCACCUGGUGAGUGAGGAUGACCUUCUGAAAGACCAGAGAGGAAGUCCAGCUUACAUCAGUCCUGAUGUACUAAGUGGUCGACCAUAUCGUGGAAAACCUAGUGACAUGUGGGCGCUUGGUGUUGUUUUAUUCACAAUGCUGUAUGGCCAGUUCCCCUUUUAUGACAGCAUGCCUCAAGAACUCUUCCGCAAGAUCAAGGCUGCUGAGUACUCCAUCCCAGAGGACGGCCGUGUGUCAGAGAACACGGUGUGCCUAAUCCGAAAGCUACUGGUGCUGGACCCUCAGGAAAGGCUGACUGCAGGAGAGGUGCUGGAGUCCCUCGGUGCCAUCAUUGCCUCAUGGCAGUCAGUUUCAGCUAUGAGUGGCCCUUUGCAGGUGGUUCCAGAUAUUGAUGAUCAGGUCAAUCACCCGGAACAAGAGGCCAAGGUGAUAGAAGAGUCUUCGCAGUACGAGUUUGAGAACUACAUGCGGCAGCAGCUGCUGCUAGCUGAAGAGAAGAACACUAUCCAUGAAGCCAAGAGCUUUCUCACAAACCGUCAGUUUGGCAGCAUCCCACCUGUAAGGCGUCUUGGACACGAUGCUCAGCCUGUCAGCCCACUAGAUGCUGCCAUCUUGGCACAACGUUUUCUGCGGAAGUAAUCCCUCAAUGACCAAUUCUGGACUCUGGCCUCCCAGGAAGUAAAGAAACCUGCAGAGUCUAGAGAGGACUGGUGUAAACCCAUUCCCCUCACCCCCCUAACCCACAAAACUGAGCUUGCAUACAGGAGGCCUGAGCUGAUGUACAGACGGCCUUGUAUGUAGGUGGGGUUUUGGCAGUCUAGGUGGAACAGAUAGAAAGUGGGUACCAGAACAAACUGCCAACCCAGAACUUCACUUCUCCUGUCUGAAUCCUCUUGUGAAACAUGGCAAGGCCUGCAGGAAGAUCUGAACCAAAGGUUCCUGUCUUCAAGUCGCCCACAGUCAGAUCUCACUGUGCAGCAGACGUGAUUGCAUAGUUUCACACGGCCCCAACACAAGGCUCUGCCUGGAGUGUUGAAGAAACUAUCAACCCUGUGUUCCUCCUCUGUCGAGGAUGCCCUACUGUAACACUUCCCUUCCCAACCAAUUCUGGAUCCCCUGAGCAAUACAGGACCAGAAUCAUGUAGCAACCCCCUUUCUUCCUAGUGGUAAUGGUAUUGCCUCAAGUCGGAUCACUUGAUCACAGAUGUCACUUCUGUAUACCUCCAUUCCAACCUCCUCCCCUCACUCCUUCCUCUCAGUCUGUUUUCCUGUAAUGUUCCUGUCUGUAACUCUGACUUCAAAUCAAUCUACCUCUCUGUCUCUCUUCUGUUGGUAAACCAUGCUCACUGUUCUGAGACAAGGGAUUGUAACAAUUGAAUCUUGAUGCCACCAGUGACAUAGCAUUAAUGUUUUCUGUCAGUGAUAAUGCUUUGAAACCUUGUCAGUGGUUUCAAAAAUUCAAAUAAGCUUUUUUAAAUCAUAAUUAAGUAGCAUUUAUCCCUAUAUUUGCAUUGAAGAAAGAACUGAAGAUCAAAGUAUGUACAAGCAUCCUUUGGUAUUUGCAGAAUGCAUUGUCUCCCGCUUUUGCUCAUCCCUGUGGAAAUCUAUUUUUAGCAUCUAGGCAGCUAGUGUGAGGUACCUGGAAGUUACAAUGCCAAGAACUGAAUGGGGGAAAAACUGUUGGCUCCUCCCUGCCAAGGCAUAUUGAUAACGCUUCCACAGUGCCAGUAUAGUGACGAUCGGGCACUGUCUUGUUUCUAUUGCCAAAAAUCUUGCCUUAAAGUGCCCCUAUUAUCCUUUGUAGGUUUCCCUGUCCUUUUAGUCUUGCCUGACUAUUUCCAUACAUGUGAAAUGUCUGAAAAGUUGGAGCAAAGUGCAGUUCAAGUGGAAUUAUUUGCAACUGUGAAAAAUGGUGCUGAUGAAAUGCCUGAAACUCCUUGCUUAUAUUCCUCUCCCCCCCCCUCAUCUGCAUUACUAUGUAACACACUGCCAUUGUGGCAAAGGUUUGGCAUGACCUCAAAGGUCGAGCAGCUGUCUCAGCUACAUGCAGACGCAGCCAGCUGCCUCAGUCAUUACUUCCUUCCCAGAGUCGCUCCUGCUAACUAAAAUGUCACGGCUAUAAGCAAAGCACAACAAAAGUUCAGUUGUUUGCUGCAAGCGUGAAAACCGCUUUCUUUGUGUACUCCAGCAUCUGAAGAAAUUUGAACUUUUCUUCUUAAUAUUCACGCAGCCAUAACGGUUAGGAAGUCGUUUAUGUGUUUGGUGUUGGCAUGGUGCCCGGCUAACUGUACUUUCCAUUUUCUUCUCUUGGGCUCUGGUCAUACUAAACUGUAUUUUAAUGCAGCUGUUUUCCCACUAAACAUGUUGUCAUGUGAACAUGUUUCUGUUGCCACAAAAUGGACAGAGUAUAAAUGGUGGCACAAACACAACCCCCGUGUGUAAAUGAGCUGUCACUUUAAAGCCGUUUUCUGACCCCUGCUGCUCUGUACUACAGUUUCUAUAAGCGCAAUGUCAUCUGACCAAAAUCCCCUUUACCCAAGUUAGGCAUGCAUGUGAUGGUUGCAAAUACUUUUUCCAAGCUUUCACGGAAAAGAAGCAAAAAUGUGGCUAAAGCUUUGUUACCACUCAGAACAGGCAUUUGUCAAGCCAACUGACCAAUGAGCAGGCUUAAGGAAAGGGGGCAAAAAAGGGGUUUCAGUGUAAGUAAUGUACAGUGUGAAAUUUACCAACCCAUCCCACACUCAUGCAUGUGUGCGUGUGUGUGGACCAUGUAAACCUGUUCUGUGGGCACUCCCUCUUUAAGGCCUGUAAAUAAGUCUAAUAGGGGCACUUUAAAUUUACUUUUAGCCAAGGAAACCGGUACCCACAGGCUCAUUCAGAAUCAAAUGGCUUCCAGGUAUUUAACUUCCCUGUUUCUCUUUAUAAAGACGGAUUUGGGAUAAGUGUUUCAGUAUGAAUGUGAAUGUUUGACGUGUCCAUGAGUGCAUGUUGUCUUUCGGGCCAGGCGAAAUGAUGGUCUGAGGCUGUUAACUGUCUCAGACCCUUUAAGCUAUCCUCCAAUCAUUGUGUUCUGUUAUCUGGCCUGCCUCAGUGGCAGACACUGUGAAAACUAGUGCAGGCUUUGCUAAAACCGGGCUUGACUGAAUGUUUUAGGGGAUGACAUUAAUGCUUUAAGAUUGGAAAUGAUCACAUAUCUGUUGCCAUUCUCAGGCCUCUCUCUUGUACAUGCUUGUAUUAUCUUAUGGCGUAGGCUCCUGGCUGGUAAUGAAUACUAUAAGUCAUAGAAAAAUUCAAAUACAGACUCAGAUUUUAAGUUUAGUUGCUGGGUUUUCUUGGCAUUCUUAAGUGUUUCUUCAAACCAUGGCAAAGCUACUAACCAGUGACUGUUAGGCAUUUGUGCACUGCAACUUGCCUUUGCAUAUUGGUACCUGCUUUCUAGGCUUAUUUAUAUUCAAACUGAUUGCAUGAACUUAGGCUCUUGAAUACUUUCAAAUCUUUACUACUUCCCCUUGUAAUUUCAUACUUUUAUUCACUUGUGUAGACUUUCUCCCAAAUGCCUCCACUGGAGCUUGCAUCACAGACAUUGAUUAUAGAUGGUCCCAAAAAAAUUAAGUGACAUUUCAGACAGUGUCACUUAACUUUGGGUCUGUUUCAUUGAUUUAGACCAGUGAAGCAGACCCCACAUCUUUGCUUUAAGCGUCAGCUCCAACAGUGGUUCUGCUUUAACCCUGUUAUUUUGAUCCUUUUCUGCCCGUUCAUGAAAUGGUAGCAUUUCUAUUUUGUUUCCAUUCUUUGUAUUACUAAGUCUUUCUUUCCAUUUUGCCAUAAUGUCUGUGAUCACCUUAAGCUACACUAAUGAGACUGACUUUUGCAUAGUUCUAUUUUUUAAAGAAAACAAAAUGAUACUUGCAUGUUUUCCUUAUUUUAUAU